CGAGUUUUGUGUCAGUAGGUGGUUUUAAACCUAGACAAUAUCCAUGGUUUCGACGAAACCAUGGGGCUUGGGUUAGCCGUACACUUUGUGCGGAACCAAACGAAAUCGGUAAUGUUAUUUCGUUUCUGUACCUUGCCUAGGGUAAGGAGAGAGCACUCAGGAUGGAAUAUUCUUUUACAGCAAUCAGCACCCUAUUACGGUUCUUACAUUCUUAAAACAGCAUCCACAAUUAACGUGUUCGGCAUCGUGUAUUUGGUGCAGGAAAAGCAAGUGAACCGCUCAGCACCAUUGUCUCAAGCAUCAGGCUCCGAUGGUUGGGCCACGUGUUGCGCAUGUCAGCACACCGACUCCCGCGACGUACAUUGUUUGCGCGCCGGGGGUGCGGUUGGAAGAGGAGGAGGGGAGGCCAAGCGAUGGCUUGGUCGAGAGAAAUGAAAACCCUAACUUUGAAGUUGGCGUCGGUUGGCGCAUCCGGACUGCCUGGCUGGGGUCCUAAGGACGAUGAACACGUUUUCUUGGACACACUUGCACAUAUGGCUAGGAGCCGGCCCCAAUGGCGUUUGUGUUGUGAGUUCCUUUUCCACCCUGCUCCUGCUUAACCUCACCCUCCAUUCACGAUCUCAUUCGCUAGGCAUAAUAUAACUCUUUUUACGGCACGAUAGCCGGCUGUUAGCUCUCCGGAACGAUGUCCAUCCGUUACUGGGGACUCA